AUAUGUUAUACUUUAAAGCUGCAUAAUUUAUAGUACAAUUUUUUCAUAAUUCGCAUCACUAUACGUAUACGGUUUAUUAUUACUAAUAUUAUUGUAAUAAUUUAAUGAUAUUCAUGACUAUAAUUAUUCUACUAUAAAAUUAUAGUUACAAAUGUCACUUUUUUUCAUAUCAGUGUCUUUCAUGAAAAGCGCUUUUUUAAAAUUUCGUUUAAACGAGUUGUAAACGUUAAACGUAAUGAAAGAUGUAAAUAAAUAAAGAUUUAAAUUUCUGGUUUUAUUAUUUUAAUUUGUCUGAAUUUCUCGUCAACAUUUUGGCGGAAAUUAUGUGUUUCUUCUUUUACGGAUAUGUAAUUAUGAACGUCGAAAUGGAGCACUUGUACGUGCUGCGGAUAAAUAAUUCCAAUUCAGUUUGUAAUGCGUGCGUUCGCGCUUUAUUCACUCCAAACAUUAAACGAAGUAGAUAACGGAAUCAUUGAACGCGCAAUUAAUUUGCGUAGAUCGAUGAAUUUAAUAUCAUCGCUGCUAAAUAAUGGCUCAUCGUUUAAAAUAUUAAACACAUAACUUUUCAACAUGUGAAUGCUAAUGUAAGAGCCUUACGUAGGAUCGCUAAUAUUGGGGUAUACGAUUGAAUUUUGCGUUAAUAUUUUAUAAUCAAGCUCGGGAUUGUAUUGCGCCAUAUUUUCACGAAAAUGGUACAUGAUUAUAACCGAAUCUAAUGCAUUCAUAGGUAUUACGAGUGACACUAUGAUAUGUUAUGUACGCAUUAAUGUUCCAAUCUAUGAAACUCGGAAUAAGCUUAUAUUUACGGAGAAAAUAUCAAACUGUUCGAUGCGUUUACAAAUAAUGUAUUUAUCUUCAAUUUACGAUAAUUACUGUACUUUGUUAAUACAGUAUUUUCGUGAUAUCGUUUGUGUUCGAACAAUUCCUUCAACAAUUCAUGUCACUAAUGCGACCAUUUAUCUCUUUCACGACCGUUGAGGAUCUGCAUGCUACUUUUGUUAAGUAUCAAUCUACUAACAACGGUGUAGAACGCAUGGUUAUGAAACCAGGCCAGCUUUGUAGUGCGACACCCUUUCUCCGAAAAUACGAGGGUACUCAAAUGUCAGGUUGCAACAAAGCUGCGGAAAAUAAUUGGACGCAAAAUUGGCGAAAAUACAGCGUGGCUGACCUCGUGACAAAACUGAUCUUGAUAAAUAAAGCGUUUAGUGUUACAUACUUGCCACUUAGGGCCAAUUUCACCAACAACACAAACCGCGAUUAGUUGAAAUUAAACUUCGAUUACGCUUCUAAUCCUUGAUAUUAGAUUUCACCAAGAGCAAUUAAUCAAGUUUAAAAAUGAUCGACGUUUAAGAAUUAACUGACCAAUUUUGGUCGGUUAACGAGCUUAAACCGCGAUCGCGACUGCAAGCAUUGUAAUAUCAGUGAUAUAUUUAAUAUAUAUAAAAAAUCCCAGUGAUAUAUUUUAAAUACAAAUAAGGAUGCAAAGAGCGAACGUGCUAGCUUUUGAAGAUAAUGAUGAUGAGGAUGAGUUUGUUGUUCGUCGACCGAGGUGGAUACGAGACAGAGAAGAUCACUUCCACAACCUAGAUGAUACAGAUUUUGUAAUGAGGUUUCGAUUGUCAAAACGAACAGUGCUGUCUGUUUUGGAGACGAUCGAAAAUCAACUCGAAUUUCGAACAGACAAAAAUAAUUGUGUGUCUCCUAUUAAUCAACUACUGUGUGCCCUCCGUUUCUAUGCCACUGGAUGUUACCAAACAACUGCUGCAGAUUUAUGUGGUUUCAGCACUUCUACUGCUCAUAGAAUUGUGCACAGGGUCAGUUGUGCUAUAGCUUCUUUGCGACCCCUUCAUGUUCUUUUUCCUGAGACACCUUCUCAAAUCCGCAAGACACAAAUGGAAUUUUACAAUAAAGCGAGAUUUCCAAGAGUUAUUGGUGCAAUAGACUGCACCCAUGUUAAGUUCAUAAAGUCACCAGGUGGUGGAAAUGCGGAGGUUUUCCGCAAUAGAAAAGGAUACUUCUCAUUAAAUGUCCAGGCUAUUUGCAAUGCAAAUUUGGAGUUUACGGAUAUUGUUGCAAGAUGGCCAGGCAGCACACAUGACUCCCAUAUUUUCAAUAACUGCUAUCGGAAAGCUAUGUAUCAACAAAGAAGAUACGGUAAUGCUGUGCUUGUUGGAGAUGGAGGGUACGCAUGUACGAGUUACAUGAUGACUCCACUGGAUCAAUGUAAUACAGCUGCUGAACAUUUAUAUAAUGAAUCUCAAAUUCGAACAAGGAAUUCCAUUGAGAGACUGUUCGGUGUAUGGAAAAGACGUUUCCCAGUUAUGGCUCUUGGAUUACGAGUCAGUGUGAAGAAUUCUUUUCCUAUAAUUAUAGCCACAGUUGUACUCCACAAUAUUGCUCGACGUGCUGGAGAAGAUGUUCCUCCUGACGAUCAUGAGAUAAUACUACCUGCCCCUUGGGACAUUCUCCUAGCUGAAGGCAACAUUGAUGAAAAUUAUUUAAUCAAUCUUCAAUGCCGCUUAGAUAGGCCUAGACAAAGAGAAAAUCCCAAUCAUCGAGAACGCCGUGCUCUUGUCGAUAACUAUUUUGAGAAACUGGCAAAUAGAAGCUAAAAGCUAUUAGGGUGCGAGAGAUAUUGAACGAAAAUAAAGUCUUUAUUCAAUUCAAAUACUCUUACAUAUAGUAUAAUAAAAAAAGGAAGGUGGCAAGAAGAAAAGCUGUGCACAAUAUAAUAGAAAAUUAAAAAAUAUUGUAAUGACAUUAGUUUGUAUAAUAAAUGACUUUAAACA